AUAUUUUAUGCAACGUGAAUUCAUGAUUGGAAUCCGAGUGUUGGUCCUCGAUAUUUUAUCAGCACAAAUCACAGUUAUCAGUUUCAACAAUGAUUCAAGUGUUUGUCUGUGUUAUAAUGUUAUUGCAGUGCUCCAGCUGGAACCAAAAGAAGAGGCGGACCAGGUGGUCUGAACAAAGUUUGUAGGGUUUCGCCAGCGCUUCAAGUGGUUGUUGGUGAGCCAGCUUUGCCUAGGACUGAGAUUGUGAAGCAGCUGUGGGAAUAUAUAAGGAAGAACAGCCUCCAAGAUCCAAGCAACAAGAGAAAAAUAAUCUGUGAUGAUGCAUUGCGCUUGGUGUUUGAGACAGACUGCACCUACAUGUUCAAGAUGAAUAAGCUACUAGCAAAACAUAUUACCGCAUUUGAGCCUUCAAAGGAGUCGAGCCAAACUAAACAAGUGCAAGUCGAUUCCACUAAAACCGAAAGUGUUGAACCAAGUGCCAGCCCUUUCAUAAUAUCUGAAGCUCUUUCCAAGUUUUUGGAUGCUGGAGGACGAGAGAUGCUAGCAACCGAGGCAGAAAGACGUGUAUGGGAGUACAUAAAGGUCAAUCAUUUGGAGGAUCCUGUAAAUCCAAUGGUGGUACUCUGCAAUGAUAAGCUUUGCGAGCUUCUUGGAUGCGAAAGCAUAUCUGUGAUGGGGAUACACGAUUCGUUUCUACAUCAUCAUCUAUUUAAGCAUUCCUGAGAUCCGGUCGCGUCGAAAGCAGGGAGCAUGGGAGCUUGGUCAUCUCUGUUAUCUAUGAUGGUGGAACAAAUAGUUAAGACCUUUUAUCCAUUAUUUAUUUAUUUAUUUAUUGUUUGUGCAUUGAAUUGCUUAGAAGCCUUACACUAGUUGCUUGUUUAUGGUAAAGAAUGAAAAUGUAGUAGCAUAGGUCCAUGGCAUUGGCAAUGAUAUAUUUUGUAGUUAUGCUGCCAGCCAUUAGCUUGGAUGUAGGUGUACUUGUUCAUGUUGUUCAAAAACAGACCCAUCUUUCCGAUGCUAACUACAAAAUAAACC